GCUGCAGCCAGCACCCUGGUGGUCUGGACAACACUAUGAGGCUGGAAGAGCAAGCAGGCCCACGACGAGAGACUGCACUGCUCCCUCUACCGCCAUGAGCAACCCACUCGCGGAGUACCUCUCUGCGCUGGACGCUCGCGAUACGCGCGAGCGUGCGCACGAAGUAUACAGCAACGCAUACACCAAGCUUGCCGACCGCACAGCAACACAGGCACUCCAGCAUGCAUCGACAUCAACAGACGAACACAGGCCUACAGCCAGCGACUCUACCAAGACCAUCAAGGCUGCCACAACUCCGGCCAAGAGCUCGUCCGCGCCUCAAGACACAGCGUCAGCCGCAGCACUCACCCAGCUCCGCUCCGAACUAGCUGCCACCCAGAAAAUCCGCAGCAGCCUCGAAGCCGAGCUCAGCACGCUCAACACCAACCUCGCAGCGCUGCAAGCAUCAGACGCGCAGCAGAAGCAGCGCAUCGCCCAGCUCGAGAAGCACAGAGCCCAGCUCGAACGACGGGGCAAGGACAGGCAGGAGGAGCUGAAGGGCAAGGGCCGCUUUGUGGAGGAGGUGCAGGACGAGAUGGUCGCGCUGAACCUGCAGCUUAACAUGGCGGAGCAGGAGAAGGAGAGGCUGAAGAAGGAGAACGAGGAGCUGACGAGACGGUGGGUGAGUAAAAUGGAGGAGGAGGCGAGCAAGAUGAAUGCGGAGAUGGGGUGGGAAGAGCAGGGAGGGCGGAGGAAGGGAUCGAAGGGCUAGUUGGGUAGAGCCGUCUUUCCGUAGCACGAUUUCGUCCUGGGACAUGUCUCCCGAC